AUGGCGGACCUUCUGUUGCCGCCGACGCGUUCAAUAGCGCCAAAUUCUCGUCCUCGUAUUGGCUUGCGCAUGGUCGCGCUGUCGCAAUCGAUCACGGCGACCUCCUUAGCGACCUCGAUGCCGCGCCCUUGGGCGUCGUCCCCAUUCGCUGACGACAAGGAGGCCCUCUUCUCCGCAGUGCUGGCCCUUGACUGCGUCGUGCGCGAUCCGGGUGGGCACCGGCAAUUUUUCCUCUUCCCUCGCGAUCGAGACCUUUUCGAAGCAUCCCCGCCUCGGUGCGAGGCGCUUGCGCGAAGCAAAGACCAGGGUAUUGUGCAGUUCGUGGCUAGUCUUGGUCCGGCGGUAGCGGGGGUUCACCGACACAGCCUUGAGCUCGUCUUGGAUCGCCUUCCCCAGCUUGGGCGUCAUCGCCGUACGAGCUGGUUAUUGACGAGCACCGGCCUUCGUGUCGUUGUGGGCGCCACGCCGUACGCCACGCUCGCGUCCGGGGGGGUGGGAAGGUCAGGGUGUCGCGUAACAUCCCCCUGUCCAGCGCGUUGUCGGAUCAUGCAGCACGAAAGUCGACUGUUCCAAACGAUCUUCUCCUGGUCCCUACGUGCGCGCGCGCAGAAAAUAAGACUUCAGACUCAGUAG